CCGUAUUUGUGUUUGUCUCGGCAAUCAAUCAAGUCAUGCGGACGUCGCCUGCACGAACAAGACAUGUGCACGCCCAGCAGAGAUCACUGGAACGGUUGGUUACCAACGAUGUGCAGACAAAUGCGCAAUGUGACCGGAUGGCUCGCUUGCGAGAUCACUCUCACCCCCACCCGCUUGACUACAUGGGGCUCACGGCGGAGACAUCAUCAGAACACACGUGUCCGUCAGUGCACUAUAGAUCUACCCCUAUGACCCUCAUGCGUACGACAAUCAGAGAUCACAGAUCACGAUUUUGGCAUAAAGCGAAGCCACCACACAGAAUCAUUCAGACAGAAAGACCAAGUCUGGGUGUCCGUCCGUCCACGUGCGGCAUGACUACAUCAGCUACACAACGCAGCACGCACCGCAUGAAAGAGUCAUCUGUCUGUGCUACACACAUAUUCUGCACACCUCGAUUGUCCGGAGAGCGAGCCAAUGCGGCGAAAAAGGACACUCACUGACGUGUGCGUCGUAUUCAUUAUUCGCCACGUCACGUGAAGCAGCACACGCACACCACCUCUCGAUCAGCUAACCAGCCCCUAGACUCCCUCCCUCCGCUCCCUCCGUCCGUCAUAUUAAUUACAUACAUACCGAUGGAUCUAUCGACUAAACAUCCCGUCCACCGCCCCACCCACUAGAGCUCGUCUUCCUCCUCCUCCUCUUCAUCUUCCUCCUCACCGGGGCCCUUCUUGCUGUUGUUGAUGUCCAGCAGCUCUACCUCGAACACCAGGGUCGCGCCACCCGGGAUCUUUGGAGGCGCACCUAAUUAAUUAGGCAAACAACCGGAUAGAGAGAGAGACAGGAGGGAAGGCCAUCUUUGGAUUGGCGUCGCCGGUGUGUGUGUGUGUGUGUGUGUGUGUGUUGUCACCCCUGUCGCCGUAUCCGAGUCCAGACGGGAUGGUCAGCUUCCUCUUUUCGCCAAUGCACAUAUUUUGCAGCCCGUUGUCCCAGCCCUUGAUCACCUGACCCACGCCGAGAGUGAACUGACACGCACACACACACACACACAUACAUACACGAGCACAGCCAUUGUGGCUCAGUCAGUCUGUGCAGCGAUACACGCAGCUCAGCUCACCUCAAACGGCUUGUUUCUGCCUCGGGACGAGUCGAAUUCGCUCCCGUCUUUGCGCAAAGUGCCGACGUAGUGCAUCUUGAGCUUGUCGCCAGAUUUGCUCCUGCAGUUGCAAACACGUCGUGAAGGUCGGACCUUUUUCUCUCUCUCUCUGUGCACAUCUGUAUCAGAUUCUCUCCUACUUGACAGUGCACUCUGUCUCGGGCACUUUGUGCUUGACGCCGAUCCGAAGCUGCGCACGCACACACACCAAAGACAGCACAGCAGAAGGACGUGUUCUCCUCCCUGCGCGCCAGCGUUGCCGCGUGGUGUUGGCAGGCGCAUACCGGUGCGUCGGCAGGCAGAUCUUCCUUCGAAGCGGCCCCGAGAGAGGCGAGAAGGAAGAUAGCGCAAGUGAGCAGCAUCGCUGAGGACGGCAUCCUCUCCGUUUGUUGAGUCGCC